AGUAAAUUUUAAAUUGACACAGUUGUUUUUAAAAUACAAAAACAACAGUAGAACUUUUCGAAUUAAGAAGAAAUAAUUUAUUCGCGCAAGAAAUAUAACCAGUAUUUCACUUAUUCAGCAAUAUGAAAAUUAUGUUUUUAUCCUCACAUUUAGUUUCAAUAUGUUUUAUUUAUUACAUUUUAAUACCAAUUAUUCAUUCUAAUAGCAAUGCUUCUUCAUCACAGUCUCCAUAUACAGAAAAUAUCAGUCAAACAACUCAAUCGAAUGAUGAUUUUUUUUAUCCAGUUGACACAGCGUGGCAAUUAAAACUAUGUGAAAAACUUGAAUUUUCAUUUAAACACAAAAGUGCAAUGAAUAAUAAAAUAAUACCUCUAGAUGUACCCAGGGUUGAAAGGAAAAUACCAAGAAAAGGAAAUUGCUUUUUUGAUGCGGUGUCUUAUAUGAUAACUGGUAGUACAACAUAUGGGGUCAGAUUACGAAACCAUGUUUUAGACUAUAUGGAGUCACAAACAACUUCGUUAACAGAUGAAAACUCCCAUCUUGAACGUAUAACAAUAAUGCGUAAUCCAGAGACAUAUGCCGAAUUCGAUGAAAUUUAUGCAACAGCUGCAUUUUUAGAAACAUCUUUUUAUGUUUUCUCUGAAGAAAAUGUCAAAAAAUGGCUAUUUAUAAGUAGAGAAGGAUUAGAUGGCAAAAGAAUAAAAGAACCUUGCAUAUAUUUAUAUCUUAAUGGUUUAGAGGAUAAUGCUCAUUACACCGUAGUGAUUGAUGUGAAACACAAUGAAUUAUUCAAACGACAUUUUAUACCAGUGUCACCAGAUUGGCAAGAUAUGAAGACUAAAGAUUUUAUGCCUCCAGGCAAAAACGUGAAGAAAUACCUAUUUAAAACACAAAUUAAAAAUUUCUUGUUUAAGAAUGUUAGCGAAGAUCGCAUUUCCAAUGAUUAUAAUUGUAGCUUUUACAAAUCAAUAAGUUACUUGAUAAUUGGAGACAAAGAAUUUUAUAAGAACAUACGUGAUUGUAUUUACGAGUCUAUGUAUGAAUCUAAAUCAAUUACAAUGCUUUUGAAAAAUAGGGAGUCUCGUAAUAACUAUAUAGAAAUAUUAAAACGAUAUAAACAAGACGCUGAUACUCCUGAAAUAUUUGCUACUGCUGAACUUUUAAAUACAUCAAUUUAUAUAUACCACACAGAAGAAAGAGAUUGGGAUUUUGUAAGCAAAAAUGGUCCAGAAGGCGUAGAAGAGAUUGAACCUUGUAUAUAUUUAGCUUACGGAGGAUGUGACAGAAAAUUGUAUAGCGUUGUGUAUAAUGUAUCAAAACAGGAAUAUAAACCUGAAAAACUUGAAAGUUUAUUUGAAAAAUUUUUAAAAAAAAUAAAUGUUUUAGAAUAACAAUUGUGCUAUACUAAAAAUUAACAUGAUAUAAUUUUCAUUUUACUAUUUAUAAAUGUCUACAACUAGUUAAGUAAUGUUUGUUACGUAUAAAUCACAUUAAAAAUUAAUUGUACUAA